GCAAGAUACAACGGGGAGAAAAGAGUCUUUUCGAACAGGGAGUGGGGGGUACCGGCUUCGCGUCUGCGACGAUGUGUGGAUUUACCUUUCAAGACAACUUGGAAGUGAUGCUUGUCUCUAGUCCAGGCGGUGACCAAUCCAAGUACAACGAUGUGUUCCUCGCGUGUUUUCAGGACCGUAUUGGCUUUGCUGUUGUUUGGGAGGCGUACUUUGGGCCGUCUUGGAUUCUUGUUUGGCUUCGUGGGGUAUUGCUGGCAGUAUUGAGAGGAGCCGUUCCCCUCGUCCUCACGGGUGCGCCAGAUAUUUCGGGAAAGAAGGUUCCGGGUAAUCUUGGGUUUGCACAGCGGGGCGAGGUUUCCCUCCUGGUCGCUCUCGGAAUCCAAAUCAAGCACGUCGAUAUUGACGAAUUCAUUGCCAACCGACGUCCAAAUCACGUCUUUGGACAACAAAAACAAUGGCCAAGGUUGCAGGAGGUUUCAACCAAUCCUCCCGCAAGGAAGGAUUUUUUAUACAAACUAGAGAGAGAGGCCCCUUCGCAAAUAAUCUCGCAACUUCUUGAUUUGCAUCCCAACCUUUCAUUACGCGACGACCAAGGCUUCACUGUCCUGCAUCAUGCAGCCUUGUCCAGCAACUCUAGUGCAGUAGACCUCUUGAUCAAUAUCCCUGAGUGCAACGUCAACAAGAAGGACUUUGAAGGGCAUUCCCCCCUUAGCUUUGCACUUCUCCAAGGCCACACCGACAUCAUUCAGUCGCUUCGUGACAAACAGGCGGUUUUGACAGGAUACGAAGUAGCGGUCCUCGCACGUGCCGGCGUAGCACUGUAGCUAGGCUCGUGGAGAAAGGAAAAGAUGGGGAGCUCCGAGGGAAGGGUCUGAUCAAUUAUAAAAACACACUGACUGU